GUUUCCGGGUGCCAGAACUUGAAUUGUUCGCGUUUUACCCAUGGAUGUAUUAAGAGAAUAUACCUGUUGAUGAGGACGGGGGAGUAAAACGCGUCACUGUUUGGUUUUCUAAAGAAAGAAACAUCACUAACUGGUGGAUGUGGGUUUAAAACACGAAAGGAAGCUACAGAGAGCCGGUCUGUUUUCUUUCUCCGACCGGAAAUGCGUUGUUGCUGGGAGUCCGUGCGCUAAGCCAACGUUAGCCGCAGCUAGCUCCUGCACACUCGUGUUAGCGUGUUGUAAGUGGCGUAUUUUACCCAAAUGCAAGUCGAGGAGAGGCCCUUCAACAUGACCUCUGAGAGGAAACCGUCGGCGGAACUGCGGGGAGCUUUACCUUCAGAUGUCCAGAAAGUGAUUGUUGGUGAAGAACAUCUGGAGGUGUGGAGCUGCAGUCUGGACCAGGAGGACACAAAGGCCCCACACAUUAAAGAGGAGCAGGAUGAACUCCAGAUCAUUCAGGAGGGAGAGUGGCUUCAAGGGCUGGAGGAGGCUGAUACCACCAAGUUCCCAGUCACUCUUAUCCCUGUGAAGAGUGAAGACAAUGAAGACAUCUCACAGCUUCAUCAAAGGCAAACUGAAAAGAUGAAAGCAGAAGCAGCCACGGACUCAGACGCAGAUACACACUUACAACCAGAUACUGAUUACAAGACUGAGACUGAUGACAGUAAUGAUUGGAAAGACACCGGCGAAACUCAGUCAGGUUUCAACUCUCUGAAUAAUGAUGUUUUGAGAUGUAGUUCUGGUGAGAAACCAUUUAGCUGCUCUGAGUGUGGGAAAAUAUUUGGCAACAAUAGAAAUCUGAAGAGACACAUGAGAUCUCAUACAGGAGAGAAACCAUUUAGCUGCUCAAUAUGCAAGAAAUCGUUUACACGGGGUGGAAGUUUACAGAAACACAUAAGAAGCCACACAGGAGAGAGACCAUUUAGCUGCUCAAUCUGUAAGAAAACGUUUACAAGGAGUGAAGGUUUACAGAAACACAUGAUGAUACACACAGGAGAGAAACGUUUAAGCUGCUCAUUCUGUAAUAAAGCUUUUAUACAAAGUGGAAAUUUACAGGCACACAUGAGAAUCCACAAAGGAGAGAAACCAUUCAGCUGCUCAGUCUGUAGGAAAGCUUUUACAGUGAAAGGAAAUUUAAAGAAACACAUGCGAAUCCACACAGGAGAGAAACCAUUUAGCUGCUCUGUCUGUAAGAAAGCUUUUACACAGAACGGAAGUUUACAGUCACACAUGAGAAUCCACAAAGGAUAGAAACCAUUCAGCCGUUCUGUCUAUAGGAAAGCUUUUACGGUGAGUGGAAAUUUACAGAACCACAUGGGAAUCCACACAGGAGAGAAACCAUUUAGCAACUCUGUAUGUACGGAAGCCUUUAC